AUGGGCUGGUCCAGCCAUCACCAGAACGGGCUGAUCUACUACAACCCCCAGCAAAGUUACCGGGGUUACACGCUGGUGGCAACCAACCGCGGCGGUACCUACGCCAACCUGAUAGACAUGGAAGGCCGAAUCUGCCACCGUUGGUAUCACCCGGAGGAGAUCGUUUACGGCUACCUGCUUCCCAACGGGAACCUGAUCUUUCGCAGCCGGACCGCCCGAAACGAGAGUGAGGGCCCAACUUUCGGGGGUCGGUCCAUGUCCCUGAUUGAGCUGGACUGGAACAGCAACGUGGUUUGGAAAUACGAGAGCCCUGAUAUGUUCCUGCACCAUGACUUCGAGCGGCUACUGAACGGAAACACGCUGGUCCUGCUGUGGGCGCCGGUUCCGGCAGAUCUGUCCGUCCAGAUCAAGGGAGGUUUCGUGGCCGAUGAUGACCCCGAGCAGAGUUGGGGUGAUGUGAUCCAGGAAAUUACUCCUAACGGCGAAGUGGUCUACGAGUGGAAGUCCUGGGAGUUUCUCAACGUGGACGAAGACGUCAUCUGUCCCCUGGAAGGGCGGAAGGAGUGGUCACACCAGAACGCCUUGAACGUCACUCCGGAUGGCGACCUUAUAGUUAGCUACCGUCAAACCAGCACGGUAGGGAUUGUAGACAAGGCCAGCGGCCAGUUCCGGUGGAAGUGGGGGCCCGGCGAGGUUAACCACCAGCACCAUCCCACCUGGCUACCUAAUGGUCGGGUGAUGAUGUUCGACAAUGGCUCACACCGGCGCGGGGCCAGCCGCUCCCGAAUCAUCGAAGUGGAUCCGGAGACCAACGAGAUUGGCUGGGAGUACACCGGCACGCCCGACAUAUCCUUCUUCAGCUACAACAUCAGCAGCGCGGAACGGCAGCCCAAUGGCAACACUGUAAUCUGCGAAGGGGCGCCGGGUCGCAUCUUCGAGGUGACCCAGUCAAAGGAAAUAGUGUGGGAGUAUGUCAGCCCCUUCUAUGGAGAAGGGGCAGGUGGUCCGCCUCAGAACGGGGUAUUCCGCGCCCACCGCUAUGGUCCCGACCAUCCUGCCCUGUUUGGAAAAGACCUGGACCCGCGCCGGUAUUCCAACUUGAACCGGCUUUACGCUUCAGGCUGA